GUAAAUCAAAUGUCAUUUCCUGAGUAGCUUCAUUGCUGCUUGUGGUGCAAGGACGCCCUCUUGUUGACGAAAAGUAAGACACGUAAAGGCAGUUUGGCUGUUGCAAAAAACGGAGGAAACAUGAUUUUCAUCAACUGGACACAGUUGGGGGUUGAUUUCAAAUUGCCAGCCACUGUCACAAUUUGCUUAAUUUCUUUCUAAUUAUUCAUGUUUAUUCAUAUUAUACUAAUUCCCCAUUGUACUUCAGAUGUUAUGUUUCAUGUUCUGAUUGUAACAAAUUCCGAAAUGCCUUUGCUGUAAUAACACUGAUUUUGUGCAGUGAAAACCGUUACGCAUUAGUAUCUCUAAGAAAAACCUCUGCUUAGAAAACUUCACUGUAAUGACCACUGAUUCACAAACAUAUACACAAAUUAGAAAUACAAUAUAUUCAUCUGUCGUACUGUGCACAUUAUGCAGAGUUUUUCUAAUUGGCCCCGUGAGGCUGUAAGUCUACGCACAUUUUUGUCAGCUGGGGACAGCAGCUGUCAAUCAAAAAUCAUCUUUAUAACCAGCUGCAGAAGCUGCAUCAUUGUGUCUCAGGAGAAAUUCCGGGGACAGACAGGAGCUCCACUGUGAUCAUUGAUCGUCAAUCGAUACCUUCUCUGAUGCGAUUAUUCUAACAGGUUUAGAUUUUGUGAGGUAGUAUUGAUAGCUAUAGGCUAUUAACUCUGUCUUUUGAGAACUUCCAUUUUUGGUCAUCUUCUACCCCUUUUUUCUUCUCCUGGCUGCCUUUGACUUUUCAUAUCUUUUUUUUUUCUCAUAUCAGCUCAGCAUAUUUUUGGAAAAGAUGGAUAAGUUGAGUGGGAACAAUGCGACAGUGGUGAACAGCUCCAUAGACAAGUGGUCAUUCAAUGAACGCGGCUCUUACCAACACCUGGACCCAGGGGAGCUGAAGGUCCUGGUGCCGGCUAUUCUGGGAGUCAUCUGCGUCUUGGGCGUGGUUUGUAAUCUCACUGCGAUGGUCAUCCUGUUCUCCAACGCUCAUAGGGGCAAACUAUCUCUCAUCAACUCCCUCAUCUUCAACCUGAUGUUUGCUGAUGGACUGGUGCUGGCGUUUACGGUGCCUUUCAGGGCUGCCUCCUUCUCCAAAGAUAGCUGGAAUCUGGGAUGGGUGGUCUGCAAGACGGCUGACUGGUUCCUCCAGUCCUGCAUGGUAGCAAAGAGCUUCACGGUGGCUGUCAUGGCCAAAGCGUGCUACCGCUACGUGUCCAACCCCAACAAGCAGGUGAGCAUCCACCUGGGCUCCAUCCUGGUGGUGUUCUUCUUCAUCUGGCUGUGCGCCUGCUCUGUCACCAUCCCUCACUGGCUGUUUGCUACGCUGCAGAGAAACAUCCGCGGGCUGGUGUGUGUGCUGACAGUUCCUCCUGAAGCCCGGGAUUUCAUGUCUGUGUACGUCAAAGCAUACCCCCUAGGGGUGUACUGUGCACCUCUCAGCUUCGCCCUGGUGUAUUUCUGGAAGGCUUACGGCCAGUGCCAGCGCCGCUCCAGUAAGACUCAGAACCUGCGCACACAGAUCAGAUCCAGGAAGCUCACCUUGAUGCUGUUUAGCCUGACUGUGGCCAUGGCUAUUCUCUGGCUUCCACAGUGGGUGGUGUGGGUUUGGGAGCGUCAUAUGGGCGAGAAGGAAAUUGAAGGAGCUCAGCUCAUCUCCUCUCUUCCCCUUCCUCUAACCCUCUCUGCUCAGCUGCUCACCUUCUCUCUGUCCCUGGUGAAUCCGCUCAUCGUCCUCUCCCUCUCCGAGGAGUUCAGAGAGGGCUACAGGGGGCUGUGGAGGCGCCUCACCCUGCGCAAACAACCUCCUCCAAAACCAAAACCCGGACCUCACAACCCUACAGCUCACCAGUCCCCUUGCCCUAGACCAGAGACUUCCGGCCAGCUGCGGGGGGAGAGGAGCCUUCCAUCGAGCUCCAGCCAGGAUCCCAGCAGAGAGGCUCAGCCCCAGCCGGAGCAAGGAGGGGGAGGGAGGGAAGUAGACAGGGUGAGCCUCAAAGAUGGGAUUGUCUUGCCUGAUUUGGAGCAAUUCUGGCACGAGAGGGAGACUGGAACGCACACAGACGAAAAUGAUCCUGUGCCGUGGGAGCACCAGAGCGAAGAGGGGAAAAAAUAACAACCACCUUCCAGCUGAUCUUAUAUAUCAUCUUCAGUUCAGUCCUCAGGCAGCAGAAGCUUCAUCGACAGUCCUCACUUGAAUGGACUGCUGAGUGUUGCACCGUAAAUCAUUUGUAUUCUGUCAACUUUGCUUAUGGUGAUAUUAUUCAAAGGUAAGAAGUGCAAUCAGUGUGGAAUACGAGUGUGGAAUACAAAUAGAGCAGUAUCGUCUGUAUAUAUGAUAAACAUAGCAUAUUUAUUGUUUAAUGAGGAAGAACUAGAUUAUAAUUACUGUAAAAUGACUUUUGGUGGCUGCAAAUGAAAGCUUCUGGCAAGGAUGACGAUGAAAAUUUAAUACACAGUAAAUAUAUAUAUAUAUUUUCAGUAUAUGGUGCGGUGAAUGAAUAUUGUAAGUUACAGUUUUCUUGAAGUAUUGACAUAAUAUUGCCAUUUAAAGUGUUUUAACAACUGGUGUGCUGCAAGAAAUCCUCUGGAAAAAACAAGAGAAUCUUAAUUUGACAUCUUAAUUGGAGGUAUAGAUGUUAACACCGCAAAUGUAUUUUGCACUCAUGUGCAAUCAUUGUUUGUAUAUACCCCUUUGGAUAUUAGUGAUGUUGAAGUAGACAGAUUUUUUUAAUCUGACAGUGAAAGAGUCUGUGUUUUUCGGCCCUCUUUCUGUGAGAGUAUUGUGCAUCAGAAUGACCAGUGUUUACAAUAAAGACAAUUCUAAAAAUGUU